AUGUUGGCAGAGCGUCUUCAAAAAUACAGUGGUGUAUCCGAGGUGCAGGAGGCUUCGGAGGGACAAGAAUAUUCUGUUCCUUGUAGUACACAAGAAGCUUCGACUGUGGUGCUUCACAGUGGUUUUGCUCAGAUUGAGAGUCUGCUGAAGAACAGUGCGAUACUUUUGGGUGCGCUUGGGCUAGCUAAUUGCUUGGCUGGCCUUUAUUUGGUGUUCAUGAUGAGAUUUGAAAGGGAUGUCUGUCGGAAUGCUGGCAACCCCGAAGAAGGUGUAUUAUGCUUACGCUUGAUUCGAACGUAUUUCGAUCUCUUUCGUCCCUUUUUGAUGUCUCUCCUCGCCGUCGGUGUUUUGAUGUUUUAUCAAUUGGUUAUUGGAAGCCUUUUAUCUGAAUAA